GUUCCGGUUUCAAGUCGGACUUAUUUGACGACGCACCAGACAUGACCGUCGUUAGAAACAGAGGUGUUUGAUUUAGAGUCAAGGAAAACUCUGAUGACAGAAACAUAAUCGUGUUAAUUUUUUUCUCUCCUACCGUAUUUCUCUGCUGUAUUCCUCGGACUAAUCAACCCGGACAAGAUGCGUCUCUCGCUGCGGAUGUUGAUCUCUCACGGUCGGGUUGCCCGGAGGAUCGGUUUAGGCCCGGAGUCCCGGAUCCACAUGCUGAGGAACAUUCUGACAGGACUGGUUCGGCAUGAGAGGAUCGAGACCACUCUGGCCCGGGCAGAUGAAGUCCGCUUCUACGCUGAAAAGGUGACGAUGACCUCUAAAUACUGUUUGCGUCUGAUUAACGAGAAGACCGUGAAACGACCAUAAAGAUCAUGUUUGUAAUUAUUCUGAUGAUGCCAGUGAGAAAGUUUGACUCUAUUCUCAUGUUUGCAUCCUAAAUCUAAAAAUUUAUAAAAAUAGAGAGGAGUAUUUUUUUCGUUAAACCUGAUGUCUUAUAUUCUAAUUCAAUUACAGAUGCACAUUAAAAAGUCAAAAUCAUUCAAAAUUGUGUUUUUGAAAUGACUACACGAUGGAUAAAAAGGUGGCGUUUUUCUUUUUUCAUGUGUUUAGCUAAAAUGUUGGAAGUCAGUGCUAAACCUGAGCAAAGUUUGAGAUCCACGUUAAUGCGCAUUGAAGAAAUCCUCACACGGAACUUCAGAAGUUGCAUGAGGAUAUAGCAUGAUAAAUAUAAGAUUUUCUCAAUUUGUGACACCAUCAGAAGUGAAUCUCUGUUAAAGGGCAAAUUUGCCAUUUUUAAAAAAAAAGUAAACACAACUUUGUUUAAUGGCAACAGUGAAGGAGGCUUCCAGAGUGCAUGGUUCUGGAGUACUGGGGGCGACCUAAAACGGCGUUGGCUGCAAAGAAGCCUUUCAGACAGCAGCCUGAAAUAUGUUGAACUGUAAAUCAUGUGAAGCUGCUGAGAAACAAUCAGAGUGACAAUAUAACACCCGCUCUCUAAGUAUCCUUAAAACAGUUACAUUAAUGUCACAUAAGGUUAGAAAUUUGUGAUACUAUUUCACAUGCAUCAUUAAAAUAGAUGAAGUGUUGCAUUUGUAACCUUGUUUAAUAUUACUUAAAUGGAAAGAUGCACACCUCGCUGCAUAAUGUUACCUCAUUUUUGAACCCAGAGAAUAUGACCUUUUCCCAGAGAGGUUGGAAAAAGACAGUUCUGUCUGUUUGGAUAGUUGUUGUCUUCAUUGUUGAACACUUUGAUGAAAAAAUACAUUUGUGUUGAGUCAGUUUAAAUAUAAUGAAUGACAAUAAGAAAAACUAAAGCAGACUUUGAGAAAGUCGUUAAAAGAGAAAAAGUAAAUCAAUUAAUUAAUUCAACAUCCUAACCUACUUCAACAUCAUAUCCUACUUUUGCCUUUUAAAACUUAAAUUGAUUUCUCAAACUGAAGUCCGCUUCUCCUUCAAUUAAAAAUUAUUUUUUCAUCUGGACUUAAUUCGGCAGGAUGUGCAUACAGCUGCUGUCCGUUAUGUUGGCAGUUCAAUUUCAAUUUAAUCAUCUGAGUCACAUUUGCAUAUAAAUCAAAUUUUCUCCAGGAGUCCAAACAGCAAUAAUACUUAAUACUCGAAUAAGUCUGUGGACACCCAAACAUUUCAACCACAUAUGAAUACUGAGCAGCUCAUUACAAAACCACAGACGUCACAGCGCUGUUGACACAACAUCAUCUUUUGGCUUCAAGUGCAGGAGUCCAGUUAGACUUAAAAAUGGUUGUAGAAGAACAGACAAGUGUCUCAGAAAUUUAGCCUGAGAAAGAAUAAGUCAAAAAUGGUUCACUAGGCUUCAUCAUUUUGUAUAAAUCAUGACGUUUAGUUGGUUAACACUUACACGAUGUUGCAUGUUAGUAGAUGAAAACAGAUGAUUGGAUGAUCACAGCAUCACAUGCCUAUUUAUUCACACGCACUUAUUCUCAGUCAUUUUUUUUCUCUUUUAUCCACAAUGAUCAUCACUCUUUGUAUUCUUGUUCCCAGCUGAUUGACUACGCCAAAAAGGGAGACACUGAUGAGAAGGCGAUGAAAAUGGCGAGCUUCUGGAUGACAGUACGUAUCUUCUGCUGUCUCAGCUGUUUAAAGUUUCACACCGUCUUCCUUCUUAAUUAGAAAUCUUCAAUGAAAAGCUUCUUCUCAGUCGACUCUGCUUCCUCUUUUCAGGAAAAAGAUCUGGUCCCAAAGCUGUUCAAGGUCCUCGCCCCACGGUUUGAGACUCAGUCGAAUAGCUACACACGGAUGGCUCGCAUCCCAAACCGAGCGAAUCUGGACAGAGCCAAGAUGGCCGUGCUGGAGUACAAAGGCAACCCCUUCCCUCCUCUGUAUCCCGCGAAAAAGGAGAAUGAACUCACUCUUAUCAACCAGCUGCUGAAAGGUUACAGAGCGGAGAGGGCCCAACAGUUAGCUGCCAAAGCGUAAUCAAAGGAAGCCGCUUGCAGAUGCUGCAGACGGUGGUUUCUACAGACUGAUACAUUUCCUGAGUAAAAAAAUUAACUAUUUCACCCACAGAGUCAGCCAAGGGAGGAAAAGUGAAAGGACUUUUACCAGCAAUUAUGUGUGAAUAAACAUUAUUUGGUGACAAAAGUGA